AUGCACAUGUCUUUGACUCUCCCAGGCUCUGCAGGAAUGUACCUGUUGCUGCUCAUGUCAAAUCUGCUCCUUUGGGAGCAUGUGGCCUCCAGACCAAGUACCUCUGUUUCCACUGAUGACCUGUAUCAUCGUGUGGUUGAACAGUCUCAUAAUACAUAUAUCAUGGCUGCAGAUAUAUACAGUGAAUUUGAUUUGAAUUUUGCCAAGAGGAGUUGGUUAACAGACAGGAUGCCUACUGUGUGCCACACUGCCUCCAUCCAUACACCAGAGAAUCGUGAGGAAGUCCAUGAAACAAAAACUGAAGACCUUCUGGUAUCAAUUGCCAAUAUUACACGUGCCUGGAUAAGACCACUGAAAUACCUGGCGUCUGAAGUGGCUACUCUUCCUGGAGCUUCUGCAACUAUGCUGAAAACAGCCAAUGAUUUGAAGGAAAGAAAUGCUGACCUUCUGGUGGGACUAAAGACCAUACUCGGCAGGAUUAAGCCUGGAUUUGCUGUAAAUGGCUCCCCUACCUGGUCUGGACUGAAAGACUUGAAGUCAUCUGAUGAAGACACUCGCCUUUUUGCCUUUUAUAACAUUUUACGCUGCCUGAAAAGGGAUAUGAAUAAGGUUGACAGUUUUCUCAAGGUCUUGAGGUGCCGAGUCGUCUUUAAUAAUGACUGCUGA